GCACCCUGGCCUCCAAGUUUUGCAUAACAUCCUCCCCCUUCCUGCCCCCCCAGCCCGGGCCGGGCUGCCGGCUUGGGGAUGAGCUUGGCUUCUCUCCUCGCUGGCAAGCAACCGGCGAGGACAGGGGCUUGUGAAUAGCUGCCAAGUGUCCGGGCGGUAACAAAGGGAUCCGCAGACCAGCGGCUGAGCUGCCCGGGCCGUGCUUAGCGCAGCAGCUGCAACCCCAAUGCUGUCAGACACCUUCAGGAUCCAUUUGAAGGCUCUGCUCCACAUACAUGAUAAAGGGACACUUUCCACCUCUUGUUUAAAGGAACAGAGAGAGGGAGUCUGAUCUACAGAUUUCAUAACUGGGUGGAUGCUUUGGUGACAUCAGUCUUGCCUGUAAUCUUCUGUCACUUAACAGAAAGGGUCUCCAGUCAGGAGGGAACAAGGCCCAGACUUGGGUUUUGGAGAUGCUGUUCAUCAUACCUGUUUUCCCAUGGAGUGAGUGGUGAUGGCAAAGGGGUUGCUGACGCUUAAGAAGUUUUCACGCAUGGAUUUUAAAAUGUGGCUUGUGAACUUCAUUACAAAUCUGCUCAUCACUCUGGCUUGUUGGAUUUGUAAGAGAACACAGCUUCUCACCAUUGUUAGAAAACCUGCAGAUACUUAAAAAUGAGUAGUGGUUGCUCUAACUCAAGUAUUAGCCAACAACAGGCCCAGCAUCCUGCCUUGUGUUAAUCACCUCAUUCUGAUGCACCAUACAUUAUGGUUGCCAUCAAUCUAUUGAAAAAAUUCGUAUAUGGACUCCUGUUAUUGAUUGUGGUUCUGACUAUUUGCUUGUGGAGGGAAACAAGAAAAGACUAUUACGUUCCCUUCAAAACAGAAAGCAAAAGUUUUCAGAUUCUCAGAACUCUGGGAAAAGGAGACGUAUUUACAUCCCGACUCCUUUCAAGCAAACCUGUCAGUGAGAAGGGCCAGUUAUCUGUUGCUUUGCUGAUCAAACUGGAAAAAGUAAAUGGCAGCAUCUCUCCAACCCCUCCAGGAAACAAUGCAGUGGCAAAGUCCAAGAAAUCAGUGCUCUCUGUGAAUGUCUGGAAUGAGGAAAGUUCAUCAAAGAAUCUCAUACCUAGGCUGCAAAAGGUCAAAAACAAUUACCAGUCCAUGAACAAGUACAAUGUGACUUACAAAGGGCGAAGGAAUACUACCAAACUCAGUCCAGAGAAACUGCUCUGCCAGCUCCGGGACAGAGUGAAUGUGACAAUGAUCCAUGGGUCAGACGGUCCGUUCAAUACCUCUGAAUGGCAGAAGUAUCUACCAGAAAAAAACCUCAGCCAAGAAGUCGGCCACUUCCGUCAAUGCGCUGUCGUGUCCUCAGCAGGAGCUCUGAAGUCCUCGCAUCUGGGACCAGAGAUAGACACCCAUGAUGCAGUUUUGAGAUUUAAUGGGGCUCCUACCAUAGGGUUUCAGAGUGAUGUGGGGGAAAAGACAACAGUCCGCCUUGUUAAUUCACAGCUUGUAACUGUCAAAGAGCAGAAGUUCCUUACAGAUAUAUUGUACAAUACUGGAAUCUUAAUUGUCUGGGAUCCAGCGCCUUAUCAUGCAGAAAUUCAUCAGUGGUACAGAAAACCAGACUACAAUUUCUUUGCAAACUACAAGGAGUAUCGUACCAGACAUCCGAAACAGCCCUUUUAUAUCCUGAACCCAAAAAUGCAGUGGGAGCUCUGGGAUAUCCUGCAGGAGAACUCAUUGGAGGAUAUUCAGCCCAAUCCACCUUCUUCUGGAAUGCUUGGCAUUGUGAUCAUGAUGACCCUCUGUGAUGAAGUGAAUAUUUAUGAAUUCCUCCCUUCCAAACGACAGACAGACAUCUGCCACUAUUACCAGAGAUACCAUGACCGUGCCUGCACCAUGGGUGCUUACCAUCCACUGCUGUUUGAGAAAAACUUGGUGAAGCGUGUUAACCAAGGCCAAAAUGAGUUAAUUUACACUCAUGGGAAAGUGACUUUGCCCGGCUUCAGAAACAUGCACUGUUAGCAACUCAACUUCUACUGUGCAUAGAUACUUCUGUUGAUUUUCAAAGCACUUUUAGAAGGAUAUUGUUGAGAUUUUUAGGCCUAAACAUUGAUGUGCCUUGGCAGUUCUUCCAUAACGCACCCCUUACAUUAAGGAUUCCUGUGAUGCAACUUCUCCGAUCUGUACAAUAGCAGAAAGCAUUACACAUCCUCCACCACAAUUAUCCAAUAUCUACUGUGUGAACCUCCAGUCAGAUUAGUAGGUCUGAUCGUCUGAGGGGCUGAGUAUCCUUCAGCUGCAGUUGGCCACCUGAGUUUUCUUCUGUGCAGUUAAACCAACGUACUGCUGGUGUCACUCCGCUGAACUCCGUGAACAGCAGAAAAUUUGGCCCCUUUUAAUAAAGAGUGGCUAAAAAUAAUCCCAUGGUUCUUGAUUCCUUAAAGACAGGCCUACGAUUAUGGACCCACUGUCAAGUUUGCCUGCUAAGAUAGGCAGUAGUUCAACAAGUUAAAAUCUAUGACUUGCAUUAUCGUCCUACCAACCUUGAGAAACAGUCCUUUAUAUCCUGGAAUUGUGAUGGUGAUUGUGUCCAAUCAAAGAGGAAGUGUUCAGUGUUGAUUUGUUUUGGAAUUUUUACCUUUUUAAAAGUUAUGAUGUUCAGUGAAUUACUAAAUUGAAUUUAAAUGUCUGAUGAUCACUCAGCACUGUUUGUUCAAUGUAGCAUCCUCUUGGGGACACAGGAUAUUUUAAUUCCAAAUCAUUUUGGGGAAGACUUUUGAAAGGCAUAAAUGGCAGUUUGCAAUUGUAAUGGGGAUUGGUGCCUAAUUGCCAUUUGUGCCCUGUGAAAGUCUCCCCAUUAGUAAUUUAGGACAAUAAUACCAUAUAGUCACAGGCAACUAAAUAAGCCUUGGGGCUUCUAGCCAGGUGCAAACCAGUUCUCCCCUUCUAGGUUUCAUCAGCUAUCCAAGUUGACCUUUGUUAGAUAUUCCUGACAUUUAGAUAGUCAGUCAGUCAGUCAGUCAGUCAGUCUCUCUCUCUCUCUCUCUCUCACACACACACACCCCCACCCACCCACCCACACACCCAGAUACACCCCCCCCCACACACACACACACAGAGAUACACCCUUUCCAAGUGUGCAGAGAAUGAGCACAUUACACUAGCUCUUGAAAUAGCAGCUGGGAAUGGGGAGCUGCACUCUGCUCUUCAAGCCAGUCCAAAAGGGAGGGGGGCAGAGCUUUGACUCCUUCCUGCCCCAUUGAUGUGAUUUUUGUCCCCAGAGCUCAUGAAAGGAGUAGUUGUUUAGAUUUCCCCCAAUCACAGUUCUUCUUUCGUCUGUGCAGAGGGGUCACCUCGGUUGUCUCCCUUCCCUCUGUUCACCUAUUCCAGAUCCACUACCCCUUUCCUCAUGAUUCUGAUUCAUAGGAUCUUCGCUUCCAAGCUGAAGCCACCGGGUCAGACUCUUCUGUUGUGUACACUGGUGUAACCCUACUCAGGUCCGUGGCAUUGUGCCAGUGCUGGAACACCUGAUAGGAAGUACAAAUGCUCAACAAUUAAUAUGAUGUUUGCUGUUUGCUGAUCCUACCUACAUAUAUGACAAAAUCGAUAUUAUUUAACUUUCAGUCGGUAAUGGCAUAUAUCUGUUUUUGAAUGGUAUGGGUUUUAAUGGUUUUAGUUGCAGAAAGUAGAUGCUAAUUUUGCUGUCCAUAAUAUGCAUCCCUGUGGUAGGAAAACAGUUGCACACCAAACAGACUUUGUCUCCAUUUUGAAGAACCCACUGGGUUAAAUUCUGCCUUCUGUUAAACUUGUAUUGUAUGACCCACUGGAUUCAUGGGAGAGCUUGGCCACCACUGAUCUGGAUCUACAGAGGAACCCUUGUAUUCCAUGUGGAGACCAGUUGACUUUAGAGGGACUCUGUGCAGAUCCAGUUGUGAGAUCAGGGCUUAACCGAAUAAGGUACCAAUGAGAAAAUUUGCAUCAUGGUACUUGUAAAAUGAGAAUUCCUGUUGUUUUUAAUAAAACCUUUUGAAGACAUUGGCUCAGAUUCUGAUCUCCAUAAACCAGUGUAAAUCUAAAGGGACUACAGUGGGUUUACACCAGUGUAUAUGAAAUCAGAAUCUGGUCCAACAUUUAAAGAAUGUUUUUUUAAAUGUGUGUACAGCUCUGCAAAGGCUGUGUCGGGAUAAUAGUGAGUUCCAAUCUGUGACUCAUUACCAAUUUCCAUUGUUGUACAGAAUGAAACUAUCAAGCUGUUUGAAUUAAUUCUGUAGCGGUAUUUUAAAUUUUAUGUGGAAGUACAAAACUCAGCAUUUUUAAAAAUGUUCUGAACACUGAUCUUUUAAAAUAGUUUGAAAUAAUACUGAAGGAUCCAAAGAAGAUGUACAAUUUGUAAUAAGUGUCUUUUUUUUUUUUAAAGAGAUGGUCUCUGUGUCAUUUUUAAAUUAAACUAACAUCAGGAUAUUAAA